CUCGAUUCAUCAGUUUACUCUGUUUGUUUAAUCUCUCUGUCUUGUAAGUAAAUGCCACAAGUCAACUCGCAGCAUCAUCUGCCUCUGAGAAACUGAGAAUACUGUUCGUUUCCAAUCUCUCUCACACACACUCUCUCUUUUCACAAUAUGAUGAUCAGGCACCUAAUAUUGUUCCUUCUCGCUGCGUUGUUUCCACAAGCACUUGCGGAUGUGGAGUUUAUGAUUCCACAACCCGGUGCCAGCCUACGAAUCGGGGACGUUCUUACGGCCCAGUGGAGGGAAUCAGGCAGGCUUCCCCUGAUCUCUGACCUCCUACACUAUGAUCUCUAUCUCUGCGCCGGCGGGCAGGUAGCGGGCACUUAUGAAGAUGUCGCUCUGCUUUCGAGAGGUAACCUCUUUGCGAGGGGUAACUCACUAUCCUUCACGCUCGACCGCAGCAUAAGGGACAAUGGUGCAAAUACAUACUUUUUAAAAAUGGUCUCUUGGGGCGCGGGUGCCUCCGUCAUUAAUGUUUCUGGACAGUUCACUAUCGCUAAUAUGACCAGUCCUGUCUCAACAUCCGUCUUGCACAGCUUGCCUCCCACAAUUAACAACUCUGCACUUUCGGAUUGUGAAAUGUCCAGACAUCAUGAACUACGAAAGAGACAAGUAGAAGAGGCUUUUACAGUCCCAUAUCAGUUGCAGACCGGGCCUACCAGAUAUGCGCCAAUGGCCAAGAAGCCUGCAAGCACGAUUCCAGCCAAAUUGCCGACUCCCCAGUUUCCAGCAAGCGCAUAUACCAUCGCCACAACCUAUCUCCCCCCAGCAACCGUUCAGGUCACCCUCUCCGCCUCUGUGACAUACUCCGUGGCCAGCAUUGAGAAUACUGCCUCUCCCGCACCACAUUUGCACGACGCACAAAUGAGGCGAUUCUUAGAAAGAUGGAAAGACUAGGUUUGGAGUCUCGUAACAACGUUCACGCCAUCUCAAUAAACGUUGAUGUCCCUAUCGUACUGCUCAUGUCUCUCAACCGCUAGGCGGAUCAUUACUGAGCACGUCUCGUGCACUCUCCCGGGCAACCGGUUUUCAAAGCUCCUAAAAUUGACCGGAAAUUACCCAUGUUAUCGUAAUGAUGGAUGGUCGUUUGAUCACUGUAAUGGAUUUAGAAUCAAGAAAGACCUACUUGAUCAUGAUAUAUAUCCUUGCGAGAUCCCAUCAUAAGCUACUGUCAAUUAAUG